CACUUGCCCCUCUAACCGUGCUGCCCAAAGAAAUACCUAAAUGACAAAAAUACCCUUCCGAAGCAAAUCCUGCUCCAAUCUGAAUUGAAUCCCGAUCCGAUCACCCAAGCACGAAUUCCCAUUUUCCCAAACCAGAAUUUCCUGCAAAAACCCUAACCCUAGAGAGAGAGAGAGAGAGAGAGAGAGAGAGGAGAAUGCCGCCUCCUGCCGAAUCAGAGAUCGAAAUCGUAUCCGAUUUCAAAACCGGAGAGAAUUCAGCUCCUCCAAACGGGAACGCCAGCGAUACUUCUGUUGUCAUCGCCGACGUCUUCUCCGCUUCCGCCUAUGGAAACCUCCAGAAGCUCAGCAAGUUCGUCGAAGAAGAUGGGUUCCCUCUCUCGAAACCCGACGGCAACGGAUACUACGCUCUCCAGUGGGCCUCCCUCAAUAACUACCCUAACAUAGCCCAGUACAUAAUCGAGCAUGGUGGAGAUGUAAAUGCUGCUGAUAAUACGCGGCAAACAGCUUUGCAUUGGGCAGCUGUUCGUGGGUCAGUUGCUGUUGCAGACGUUUUGCUUCAGAAUGGAGCUCGAGUUGAAGCGGCAGAUGUUAAUGGGUACCGGGCAGUUCAUGUUGCAGCUCAAUAUGGACAAACAUCUUUCUUAAACCACAUCAUCAUUCGGCAUGGUGCAGAUUUUGAUGCACCAGAUAAUGAUGGGAGGAGCCCCCUGCAUUGGGCUGCGUACAAAGGCUUUGCAGAUACUAUAAGGUUGCUUCUAUUUAGGGACGCAUGCCAAGGGAGACAAGAUAAAGAAGGCUGUACGCCUCUGCAUUGGGCUGCGAUAAGAGGAAAUGUGGAGGCAUGCACAGUACUUGUGCAUGCAGGCACUAAGCAAGAAUUACUGGUGAAAGAUAAGGCUGGAUUUACUCCUGCUCAGCUAGCUUCUGAUAAAGGUCAUCGGCAUGUCACUUUUUUCCUUUCAAAUGCACAGAGGAUGCAUGGCAGUCAUUGUGAAGACAAAGUUUGCAUUGGGAGGAUGGGAAAGAUUGGAUAUGCUCCUAUUCUAUUGCUUGUUAUAAUCAUCCUUUUGGUUCUUUUUAUCAACACAAUUAUUAUAGCACCUAAUUUUACAAAAGUCACUGCCGUUGUUGGACUUUGGGGAUGGACUGCUGUUUCUCUUGCAAUCGGCACACUUCUAAUGUUCCACAGGUGUAGCAGUAAGGAUCCAGGUUACAUCAAAAAAAGUCCUGGAGGAUCAGAAAAUCAUUCAGAUGCAGAUGAUCCUUUGUUGAACAUUGAUCUGAACAAUUCCUCAAUUUGGACAGGAAAUUGGUCUCAACUUUGCCCUACCUGCAAGAUAAUCAGACCUGUGCGCUCCAAGCACUGCCCCUCCUGCAAGCAUUGUGUGGAGCAGUUUGACCAUCACUGCCCAUGGAUAUCUAAUUGCGUGGGGAAGAGGAAUAAGUGGGACUUCUUUGUAUUUCUUUGUAUGGCAACCUUGACAUCAUUUAUCGCUGCCGUCAUUGCAGUUCAAAGGAUGUGGACUGAAUCACCAACAGUUCCGUCAGCAGGGUCAUGGGCUCAUCACAUGGUAGUUCACCAUCCUGGUGCCAUCGUAUUUCUUGCCAUGGAUGCUAUUUGCCUGCUUGCAGGAACAGCUUUGACAAUAGCACAGGCAUCACAGAUUGCACGAAACAUCACCACCAACGAGGUGGCAAACGCUGCUCGAUAUAAUUAUCUUCGGGGACCGGAGGGGCGGUUCCGCAACCCAUAUAAUCACGGGUGCCGAAAGAAUUGCACAGACUUCCUUAUACAUGGAUACAACAACGAUGAUGAAAUUGCCUGGCCAUCACUACAGCGGGUGACAAAUUAGUACCGCCAGAACAAGAUCAUUGAUCCGGUCAGUUUUGGUUUCUCAUUUUUGAAACCUUUGUUUGGACAGUUCACCAAGAGUUGCAUCGCUAUUCAAAUACAUUGUGGAAUUCAGAGGUCGGUUCCUUGCUCUCUCCAUCCCAUAGUUUUACUGCAGAGGACGGGAGACGUUAAUGUUGAAGGACGUUGUUUGCGCAGGUUUGGAAGGAUCCAUGUAAGAAUUGAUGUGUACAUUCUUCUUGUGUUUGGCUGCGGAGAGUCCCAGAUAUGCUCUCUCCCAACCCAUUCCAUUGAAAAAGCAACAUUACUAUUUUUGAUUUGCAAGAUGUCAUCUGUAAUAUGAUUGUUGUUUUGUGAGAUCCAAGUCCUCUCUGUGGCCA